AUGCGUGACGAAGUGACCGACAUCUCGGACGUUUUGGUCAUGCGUGACGAAGUGGCCGACAACUCGGACAUACUCACGAAACAUUCCGUCACCGUUGUCGUGGAGGCCGUUAUUUACGCGCGGAUCUACGACGCGACCGUUGCUACGGUGAACAUCAAGGAUGCGCGCGCAUCCACAUGCCUGCUAGGGGCGACCACUCUGAGAACCAUGCUGGGGACGGUGGGACUGUCGGAUGUUCUGUCGGACAGGGAGAGGAUCGACCGAGACAUGCAGAGGACUUUGGACGAAGCCACGCAUGACUGGGGACUGAAGGUGGAGCGUGUUGAAAUAAAAGACGUUCGUCGGCCGAUCCAGAUGCAAAGAGCGAUGGCAGCUGAAGCCGAAUCACACAGAAUGGCCAGAGCAAAGGUCAUAUCCGCGGAGAGCGAUAUGAAAGCAUCGCGCUGCAUCAAAGAAGCCGCGGAUGUGCUGCGGGAGGCGCAGGCCUCCAUUCAGCUGCGCUACCUUCAGACGCUACAUAGCAUCGCCGAUCAACAGAACCACACCAUCAUCUUCUCGCUUCCGCUCAGCCUCUUCUCCGGGUUUCAGGAAGGGGUGGCAAAGCUUCUCGGGGCUAGGCCAGUAAUGCACAGCGGAGGAAAGCCGUUAAUAACAAUCGAGGAAUCGCAGACAAGCACGAUGUUCUAA